AUGCAGACACUGACAAACCCGCAGGUUGCGAUGCCGUCGUUCUCGACUGGGCCGGCACAGGAGCCGCCCUCCAAUUCCCUGCCUACGGAAAUGCUACAAGACGAGUCCCGAGCUAGCAAUCGCUUCCGUAAUAUAGCCACCAGCAGUCUCUUUUCGAACAACGAACCGGCUCAACCUGUCACCUUGCGUUCCGAGGUCCUCCUCGCCCCCGGACCGUACACUGGGUACGGAAACGUAGCAGCACCGAGCAGCUUCUACACAGACACCGGACCAGCCCGACCCCACCCUCCGCGAAUCGACGUGUCUCUCGCUGCCGCCCGUCCUCCAUCUGCACCGUCAGACUUGGCCAGGCAUGAUCCCUCGCACCGCUCGCGCCCAGGCGCGUCUGUAAGUAACCCCUACGCCCGACCUCAGGAUGACGGGCCCCUGAUACAGGACCAACCGCCAGCAGGACUUCCUUACCGUGCCUGCCCAGUCCCACCCGGCCACCCGCACCGGCCUGCGACUCAGGAGGAGGCAUUGAGGUGGGGGGAGCAGGAUGAGGUCGUCGAGCGGCCGACUUUCACGGAGUACUACGAAAAUAAGCGGAAGCCCAAGCCCCUUCCGCCCUCGGGACGUCGGCAGUUCUAUGGGCGGAGACCCAGCCCUCCUCCUUUUCCUUCUCCUCCUCAACACAUCCAUCCUCUGACCUCUCGUCCGCAGCCUGGAUCGCCCGAAAUUCCCGGAUCGCCCCCGGCCCUGACCCUGGAGGAGGUUCGCCGCUGGUCGCAGGCGAGGGGCCUUGUUGCGCCCAGCGACGUCUCGACGGUGUGGCCACAAGAUUCCAUCAGCAGCGUCGGAUUGCCCAGGUAA